AGGGAACUGUUAAAUUUGGGGAGUGUUUUUCGCACGAAGCAAACUGAAGUAGUUAAAGCCCAGUCACUGAAGUUCACCUAAUUAGCAGAAGGGGACCACUCUGUCAUGAUUGUCACUGUGGUUGGUGAAGCUCAUCCUUCCCCGCAUCGGCCAAGGCGGCGCUUUUUCUGGCAUGCCUUUUUGUAUUUGGAUAUGAUGUGGAGCUUAAGUGCUAGUUUAUUAAGCAUCCGUCAUCCCGAUCCAGCUCGCUCGAUUGACGACGGGCCAAAGAAGAUCAAGCAAUUGCCCAGGGGUUGGAGAAAAUUUUCUGAUGCCAAGGCAGACUAUCAAAACCAGAUAAAAGGGUCUCAGCUGCAGGGUCCGGAAGGAUCAUUAGCCACAAGAAGAUCUCCAGUAGAGGAUAAGGGCGACUAUGGCGGCUUCUUCCAGUCUGUCUCCAUUCUGGCCAAGGUUCCACUGCAAGAUUUUGGAAGCGCCAGUUACGGGGGCGAAUUAGCCCAAGUGAACCCUGUAAACUGUUCAGCCGUACGAGUUCUUAUUAUGGGAUGUUCUGAAGGACUACCAGCUCUGAUGCACAAUAUUUCGGCUGUAGUAGCUGGCUUUGGUUUAAAGAGAGAAGUUCUCCAUGCCCGAAAAGUUAGAACCUUAAGCGCAGAGGAUUGGCUCUAUGGCUGCCUUGGGUGCGCUUGGCUGGAAAAUCCAACGUGUGGGAAGGGAAAUAUCCGAUUCGAACAUGACUCUGGCUUGAUCCUGUCUUCCUUCAAAACUCGGCACAGCUGUGUUCACUCGGCCAAUAAGAUACCGAACCUGUGCGGUCCGACCAGAAAAUCUGCAGGCCAGGGUAACAGCACUAAACAACCUUGUUCUGUGGUUUCCAUCGGUACAUGUACCAAGACAGCGUCGUCCUCAACCAUGUAGAAAGGAGUGAGU